CGGAAUCAGAAACAAUCGGUGUCCAAUCAGCUGCACAGGUCAGCCUCACGAGGAGGUCCUUUGCUCUGUUACAAGUUGUCACUGCUGGGAAAUACUUGAAUGUAAAUGUCGGAGGACCAGGAAGCGCAGGAGGAUGAGUUGCUUGCCCUAGCGAGUAUCUACGAUGAAGAGGAAUUCCACAGGGCAGAGUCGGACCAGGGAGGAGAGAUUCAGCUUUGCCUGGAACUGCCGCCCCACUUCAAGCUUAUUGUCAAAGGAGGAGAGAAGGAAACUGAGUACGACAUCUGCUACCUCCCACCACUGGUGCUCAACUUUGAACUUCCAGUGGAUUACCCCUCCUCCGCCUCUCCGGUCUUCACGCUGAGCUCUACGUGGCUGACCCGAGCCCAGAUGACGUCACUGUGCAGGCGUCUGGACGAGCUGUGGGAGGAGUCCAGCGGCUGCGUGGUCCUCUUCACCUGGGUCCAGUUCCUCAAGGAGGAGGCCGUACCGUUCCUGGGCAUCACGUCGCCCCUGGAACUGGCCUUCGCCACCAGGCCCACGGGGGAGGGGAAGAAGGGCGAGGCCGCCGCCGCCGCCGCGAGUCCGUCCGGCAGCCUGCAGCCUGGGGGGGGGGAGAGGAAGGGGAAGGCAGAGGCCGAGCCAGACCAGAGGGCCGUCCUGGUGGUGGACCCCCGCUCCGACAUCUUACCUCAGCUGCUGGACUUUGACGAGACGCAGAGGCAGAAGACGUUCGACUCCAAGGCGUUCUGCUGCGCUAUCUGCUUCUGCGAGAAGCUGGGCGCCGGCUGCCUCUGUUUUAAGGAGUGCCAGCACGUAUACUGCAAGACUUGCAUGAGUGAGUACUUCCAGAUCCAGAUACGAGACGGGAACGUCCAGUGCCUUAACUGCCCCGAGCCCAAGUGCACCUCGUUAGCGACGCCCUCACAGGUGAAGUUGCUGGUGGGGGAGGAGCUGUUUGCCAGGUACGACCGCCUACUGCUCCAGUCAAGCCUGGACCUCAUGGCCGACGUGGUGUACUGCCCCCGGCAGUCCUGCACCACCGCUGUGAUGGUGGAGCCAAACACCACCAUGGGCAUCUGCCCUGCGUGCCAGUACGCCUUCUGCACCCUCUGCAAGAGAGGCUACCACGGCCUGUCGCACUGCAAGGUCACCGCAGAUGAGCUGCGGGGUUUGAGGGAUGAGUACAUGUCGGCGAGCGCCGAGGGGAAGAGGUUCAUGGAGCAGCGUUUUGGGAAGCGUGUGAUCCAGCGGGCCGUCGAGGAGUCCUUCAGCAGGGACUGGCUCAACGAGAACUGCAAGGGCUGCCCCCGCUGCGGCGCCAACAUCCAGAAGGUGGACGGAUGCAACAAGAUGACCUGCACCACCUGUAAGCAGUACUUCUGUUGGCUGUGUCUGGGCCCUCUCACCAGAGUCAACCCCUACAGCCACUUCAACAACCCUGCCUCCCCCUGCUACAACCAACUCUUCCAAGGCGUUGAUAUUGACGAAGAUGAUGCCUUCUGGAGUGAUGAGGAAGACUGACACAGCCUGAAGUGCAAGAACAUGCAAAGCCAUAGGGUGCUGGGCAGAACUGUUAAAAUACCACCUGACCUCUGUUAAUCUCACAAACCCUCUGGACCCUGCAUGGCCUCCCUUGUAUCCUUCAUACUUUACUACACUAAGCAGAGUUGGGAAAAUGACUUUCUAGUGGUUACCGAGUACUGGAGUUCUCCUAAAGAUGCGUAAAAACAAUUAUCAUGAAAGAUACUCUUGAUUUAAAACGACAAAGGUUCUCUUUCUUGAGAAGUAGUCAACAUGGUGGCUGAAGAGAAUAAUAAUAAAUAAUAAUAAUAAAUGUGAGUAGGAUGUCUGUGUUUAAAGAAGCAUGACCCAAAACCGGGAAAAUCCCACAAUAUUGAAAUGGCUUUGAACUACCACCAAGAUUCUGCAAAAUAUAUUUCAGAAUUCAGAAAAUCCAAACUGUGCUUCCCAAUACUGUAUUAAACACUUUCAGGAUCAAGGUAAAAAAUAUCUGAAUUAAACACUUUUUUAUUUGAUUGUUUUCAUGUUAAUUUAGACUUCAAUAAUGAGUUAAUUUGGAGAGAAAAAAGCAUUGUAUCAAUGCCACUAAGACCUCAAGCAACUACCUGGAUGAUAACUUACUCCAUAAAGCCUUUUCCAAAUAUCUUUCAUGCGAGGACAUCAAAACAUCCUAUGUAGCCUAAUGUUAUUGAAAUAGCACUUUUUGUACAUUUUGUCCCGAUUUCAUCAACAUGGGCUCUUUGUGGAUCAUGUGAUGAGGGUGUUGCUCAUGUGAUCAUGGUGUAUGUGGAAGUCCUUCCUUGGGUAGAUGUUUUUAUCAGGAUCCCUUGUGCUCAAACUUACCGUUGGUUGCUUUCGUAUUUUCACACUUAGUGAUUUUGUUUCUUUACACCAAGGAAAGCUGAAUGGAAUAAUGUUAAUAUGUUCUAUAAGAAAUAUAUUUCUAUUUAAAAGCAUAUUCAAACGAUUAUCUUCUAAACCGUUACGAAAUAUGUUGUUGGAAGUUUGAGAAUAUGAAUUAUGAUGGUUGUUAUCUUCAUGCUGCGUUAAAUUGUUGCAGUGUUUUUUGCCUGUUUUGGGGGUUUGAGAACACAACGUGUCUUUCUCUUUCCCUCAUUAAAACAUGUUUCAUGUGAA